AUGGAGUCCCCCACGGGACCGAUGGAGUUCCCGUCCACGCCCGGGUCCGCGUCCCCCGCCGCGAACGGAGACACCCCGAUCGCGUCCUCCGCGCCCUCGCCCGGGGGCGACGCCUCGGAGGACGCCUCGGAGACGACGACGCCCGCGAACGACGCGUCACCGUCCGACGCGGCGGAUACGGCGGAGGACACCGCGACGGGGGGACCGUCGCCGGUGAUGACCGCGGCGAUCGCGCGAAGGAAAGCGUUCGGGGACCAGGACGGGUGGCUGGGGAAUCAGUCGAAGACGACGUUCUUGUCGUCGUGCCAAAUCUUUCACGAGUGCGAACGCGCGGCGCUCACGGCGUUGACGCUGCGAUCCGUCGCGGCGGUGCAUCAGCCCGGGGAAGUAUUACUGCGCGCGGGAGAGACCACGGACUACGUCUGGCUCGUCGAAGAGGGCGAGUGCGUCGUGUCCCUGCGCGGCGUCACGAUCGAGGAAGAGGAACGUGCGGCGGAGCUCGCCGCGAUGCGAGAACGCGAGGAAGAGAGCGCGCGCAUCGAAGCCGAGCUCGCGCUGCCGUCGUCGAAAGCGACGAGCCGCGCGCGCGACGGCGGCGCCGCGGCGAAGAGAGCCGCGGCGAAGAGAGCCGCGCGAAUUGCGGCGCUCGCCGCGGCGGAGUCGGGCGGCGGCGCGCGGCUGGCGUCGAAAACAAACGUCGGGGGAUUGAAUCCUCGCGGGACGACGCGAACGCGCGGCGGUCCGGGAGAGCCGCGACGCGUCGCCGUGCUGCUCCCUAAGGACGCGUUCGGGGAGCGGUGCGUCCUGUCCUCCGAGCCGAUGCGGUACACGGUCGCGUGCGUCGGGACGAGGCCGGUGAAGGUUUUGAAAGUCCCGGGGAAGGAGUUCAAGGCGACGUUGAAGAAGGGCGACGAAGGCGACGACGACGGGAAGAGACGCUCGCGGGAGAUGAAGCGGCGGAUCUUGAGAGCCGCGCUCGCGAGGGAGGAGACGUACGUCGAGCGCGCGAACGCGGUAGAGGCUGCGCGCGCGCUCGCGUUCACGCACGGGCACGAGCGGGAAUUUUUGUUGCGUCGAAGAGCGAAGCGCGAAGUCGCGGAGAAGGAGGAGCGGGAGAAGGUUCGCCCGCCGCCGCCGCCGGAGAUCGAGGGCGCCGUCGGCGGCGCCGCGGUGACGCGGACGCCGACGACGCAGGAGGAGCUGAACUACAUGAAGCACGCCGCGGUCGAGUCCGCGAAGCUGCGGAAGAUGGAUCAGAGCACGACGGUGGAGCUGACGAGACGAGACGUCACGCGCGUGCGGUGCCGUCCGCCGUCGCCGUCGCCGUCGCCGUCGACGUCGACGUCGACGCGGCGCGUCGCCCUCGGGGACGCGUCGUCCGCGGAGGCGGACGUCGCGGACGAGGGCCGGCCUGGCGGGGAGAACGAGACGCUCCGCGAGGCGUCGACGCCGUCGUCCGCGUCGAGGCAGCGGCCGCGUGCGCGGUCGCAGUCCGCGCGAACGCCGGCGGCGACGCUCUCGGAGCUCACGCCGGAGUUUAAGCAGAGCGGGGCGAGGUUCGCGACCCCGAACGCGGAAACGACAGAAAUGGAUAAGGCACGGCCGUUAUCCGCGAAGCUCGUCGUCGGCGCGGCGAUCGAGCAGCUCCGUUUAUCCACCCCGGGGAUGGACCGUCAGCGACGGAUGAAGCACUACGCCGCGAGCGUCCGCGGCGGCGUUCGGGCGCGGCCGCAGAGCGCGCCGGCGUCGCGGUCGACGGGCGGCGGCGGCGCCGGGUUCGACACCUUCGGGUUCGGUUCUUUAGACGGCGUUCGCGGGAUCGAUCCUCCGAGGCGGGGGAUGCCGCCGCCCGCGGAGCCGAAGCUGAGGUUAUGGACUCGGACGGGGCCGCCGCCGCCGGAGAAGAAGCGGCCGAAUUGGGUGUGCGGAGGAGGAAGACUCAAGUACGAAGACUUCAAGUCGUGA